AUGAAAUUAUCCGUUAGUUUACUUUUUGCCAUUUUGGCUGUCAUCGGUGCUGUUCAAUAUAGUUCAGCUGCUACUGUUAUUUUGGCCGAUGAUAGCUUUUUGGAAGAAUCCUUGCCAAAUUAUGAUGUUAAGCCUAAAUCAAUGCAAGUUUUACCUGAAGAAUUGGAUAAUGAAAUUGAAGAUGAUGACGAUGAAUUCUUUAAUGAUGAUGAUGAUGAGGAUGUUGAAUUCUAUGAUGAUCUUGAAGAUGGUGAUAUUGAAUUGUUAGAUGAACCUCUUGAUGAUGAUACUGAAUUGAUUGAUGAUGACGAUAAUGAAUUGAUGGAAGCUGAAAAUGACGAUGAUGAAGAAAAUAUCAAUGAAUUGGAAGAAAUUGAUGUUCGUGCUCGUCGUGGUAGACGUAGGGGACGCAAAGGUCGUAAGGGACGUAAGGGUCGUAAAGGACGUAUGGGUCGUAAAGGACGUAAAGGGCGUAAGGGACGCAAGGGCCGUAAAGGACAUAAGGGCCGCAAGGGACGUAAAGGCCGUAAAGGUCGCAGAGGAGUCAAUAGACGUCGUAAUCGUUCCGGUUAA